UUGCUGCGACUGCGGGGCGCGGAGGGACCGCGGAGCGCAGGAGCGUCGCGGCAAAGCAGGCAGCGAGCCUGGGAAGCGGCUCCACCGUCCAUGGGGGAGAAGCGGAUCCUGUGCGUCGGCCUCGUGUGCCUGGACAUCAUCAGCGUGGUGGACCAUUACCCGGCGGAGGACACGGACACCAGGUGCCUGGCGCAGCGCUGGCAGCGAGGGGGCAAUGCUUCCAACACGUGCACCGUCCUGGCCCUGCUGGGCGCCCCCUGCGCUUUCAUGGGCUCGCUCGCGCCCGGCAACGCUGCAGACUUUGUCCGUGAGGAUUUCCAGCGCUACGAGGUGGACCUCACCCACAUGGCCAUGCACCCAGCGUGUGCCUUGCCCAUCUCAGUGGUGAUCAGCAACUCGACCAACGGCACUCGCACCAUCCUGCACGCUGCAAGCAACCUGCCAGACGUGACAGCAGCUGAUUUUGAGCAAGUCAACCUGUCUCAAUACAAGUGGAUCCAUUGGGAGGGCAGGAAUGCCUCGGAACAGGUGAAGAUGAUUCAGCGUGUGGAGGAGCAUAACCGAACCUGCCCAGCAGCUGAGCGUGUGGCCACGUCGGUGGAAGUGGAGAAGCCACGGCCAGAGCUGUAUCAGCUCUUUGGCUACGGAGAUGUGGUCUUUGUCAGCAAAGAUGUGGCCAAGGAUUGGGGCUUCCACUCGGCCCCGGAAGCGGUCAAGGGGCUCCGCAGGCAUCUGAAGCCAGGAGCCACCUUGAUCUGUGCUUGGGCUGAGGCUGGGGCUGAGGCGAUGGGACCGGAUGGAUUGCUGGUGCACUCGGACGCCUUCUCCCCUGACGCGGUCGUGGACACACUGGGGGCUGGAGACACCUUCAAUGCUGCUGUGAUCCUUGCCCUGAGCAGGGGGAGACCCCUCCCCGAGGCACUGACCUGCGGGUGCCAGGUGGCUGGCCGGAAGUGUGGGGUGCACGGCUACGAUGGGAUUGUGUGAGCUGCAUGCUGGGAGCCGCGUCUGUCAGGUCUGGGAGCCUCCACUGAGCGAUGGACCAAAUUCCCACCACCACCACACACAGUUAUGCCUCCUCAACCAGGGGUGCCAGAUGGGAUGGCCCAGCCAGGCUCUCUGCCCCGCCUGUCCUGUGUGGCAUGUCUGGGCUGGGGGUGGAGAGAGACUUGCCUGUGUGGCCACGUUGCAAGUGAAGAUCAAUAAAGAGUUUGGACCUGCUGGUUGCUGCUUGCUCUG